AUGGAAGAUUACCUUGACUCAUACUACUCCGUGUACCAUUUUAGACUAGCCUAUGGUGGUGUGAUCAAACCACUACCUGAUAAGUCCCAAUGGGUACGUGUGAAUCCUGGAUUCAAAGUGUUGCCACCACUCACAAAGAGAGAUCCUGGAAGACAAAAGAAACUGAGAACCCCUAGCUGCCUUGAGAACAAGGGAAAUAAGCCCAGAGGCAAAGGCAUGUGGCAGGUGCAGUGUAAACAAUGCUUAGGUCAUGGCCAUAGAUCAACAUCCCCUAAGUGCCCUUUCAAUGGAACAAAGAAGAGGAAGAGUCGGGCCAAGAAAGGAAAGGCAGGUAGGCCUCUUGGUUGUAGCAAAGGUGAUGCAUCUCCUAGUUCAUCCAAAAGGCAGAAGGUUCAAGUGCAAGAAAAUUCAGGGAAUAAUAGUCCUGGACUUGUGGAAGUACCAGAAGGCACAAGUCAAAUUAGCACUAGUCCCGGGGCUGUUACAAGAAGCCAAAUGCAAAUAACAUUGGCUGGAUUUGGAGGGACAAAUCAGAUUAGUACAAGUCCUAGAACAGUGACAAAAAGUUCAUGUACUGAACCACUCAAUUUUCCUAUUGUAUUCAGUCAAGCUAGAGAAGGAGCAAGUAAUGCUAUAACCACUCCAAGGAGGAGGCUAGGUCUGAAGAAAAAACUCACUCCAAAGAAGGCAAAGAAGAUCGAUGUUUGA